AACUCAAUUCUAAGUAGUAUAGAAGGACUUUCUUAAGCCACCAAAAAGCCCAAAAUUUUGAUAUUGGGUUGGAUCAAGUUGGGACUGGAGUCUAGAUGCAGCUCUUCGGCCCAUGAGAAGCUCUGAUUAUGGUAUAGACACGAGUGGGAUCUGCAGUCUGGACCAAUCCUAAUGAAAUUUCUGUAAUAUUUUACUUGCUAUCCUAACUUAAACAGAAGGAAAAUGGCAUUAUUUGAAAGAAUACGCUGUUAAGUGUAAAUCAUGUCCUAACAAAUUUCUACUCAAAAUUUAAAAUUCUAGGUUGGGUUUAUUUCUACACAAAAAGGGAUGAUGCAGUUUUCAAACGAGGAAAAAAAAAAAGAACUAGACUAGAUUAUGAGUAAGUGAUUCGUAGUUUCCCAAGACGGAUUUAAUCCACCGCCAUUGGGGGGCGGUUUUAUCUCCUUCUGGUGGAGGAGGUUCACUUUGUCGUGUCUUCUGCAGGUUGAUAAAACAUCAUAACCCUCGGCUUUAGCCUUCUGCACCAACUGGUUGUAUAAUGUUGGAUUCCUAUCAUCGAUAUGAUUCUCCCUGCAUAAUAAUAUCUACAAAAAGCAACACAAUGAAAAAAACUGAGAAGAGAAUCAAAUCAAAAUUGCAUAAAAAUACAGGUAUAUUAUACAAAGAUUUUGAGAGGGGACUAUCAUAAAAGCAUACCCAAAAGAUACUCCCUGCUAGGCUGGCCAACCGAAGCAAACUUGUAAUUAUCACGUAUAUAUAAAACCCAAUAAUCUCCAACAAUGGAAUUUAACUUUGAGCUUGGCCUCUUUGAUGCUGGGGUCAGCCCUGAAGCCACUGCCCUCAAUGUUUGCUCUCUUGCCAUCAGACCAAGUCUCAUUCAGCACAUUCACAGUUCCAUCUUCAUUUAAAGUGUAUGUAACCUUUUGUUCAUUCCAUCUUUGGCCUGAAAUCAUGAUGGGAAUGAAGCUAUCUCAUACCAUCGUCCCUUGUACCUUUUGAUAUCGAGAUUCUUCACUGCUUGCAUUUCCUUUUCUACAAAAUUUGCCACAGGUUUUAUAGAGGUUUCACUAUAUAGAGAAAUUUUUGGUGCAGUGGAGAUUCUGUUUUUAGAAUCUGAAUAUAACUUGCCGAAUGAAAUUUUGAUAUUUGAUUCCAAGAAUAGCUAGAUUUCAUUUCUUAAGGAACAUAUGACCAGGUAAGGAGCUCCAGAAAAAAAAAAGAAAAAAAAAUAGAGAGAGAGAGCCUGCACUAAUGAAAAGGAUGAUUGGAACUGAUAAAGAAAUUCAUAAUGACUGCAUAAUAAACUCCUUUAAACAGUGAUUCAUGGGUCCUUUAACAAAGACGAGCUGUGUUAAUCAUGUGCUGCAUUUAUCUUUCAUUUCUUUGGAAUGAAGGUGACUGGCCAAGUGACAUUUCUUUCAUCACUGUUAACACAAGAAGUAUUGAAAGUCAGUAGGUUGGUUUCAGAGGCCAGUUGGAAUUCAAUCUUGUUGGUGCAUCUUUGAUUUGAUAAUUGAUCAACAUCUAACCUCUAUAAAUGUUAUGAACCCCCCAAGUUGAAGCUCUUAAAAACAAGAAAAGUUAAACCGAUAUUUCAUCCAACUAAAAGAAAACCAUUAAUUGAAUUUUAGCAUACUGAAAACAAUAGCAGUAAUAUUUAUUGUGCUUGCCAAACUUCAGCAUAUUGUUUAUAGCUGGAAAAAGAAAAACCUAAGUCUUAUAUGUAUGGGGUUUAAGUUAAAACUGAGAUGUACUCUUUGCCUUUGGUCAGUCUUUAAUCCUUUAACUUACUAGUUUGCUUCUAUUUUAGUCAAAAAUCCCAUUGGACAACCUUUUCAAUGAUCGGGACAUUGAUCCUGUGAGCCCCAAGCCUUGCAGUUGCAGUCAUUUAUUUUUUCCUUUUACAAAAGAGAGACCUGGUUUAAUGUAUAAUAAAACAGACAACCUACCAUCAUUAAUUUUUUUUCUUUUUGCCACUCGAACCUAAUAACAAUACCAACUAGUUAUCCCUAAGAAAAACAAUAAUUUCAAAAAAAAGAUUGCUGCCAGAGACGAUGUUUUGCCUGCUAUUCUUAGCAUCAGCCGGCAGUUGGCAGCCAGCUGACAAAUGAGAGCUAUUCAACUCAAUAAGGUUUUAGCACACUUCAUGGUCCAUAACCAUCGAUCUAUGUACUGUGUACAAAGUAUCAUGAAAUCAAAAUUUUAAUUUUUACCUUCCCCAACUGUUCUGACUUACAAAAGAGUUUAGCAGUUAAAGCCAAGGAAGCGGCAACCCAGAACCAGCAAUUUGCUUCCUGUGAGUAAAACAAUGGCUCCUUGCCUAUCCGUUUUCUUUCUAUUCCUCAUCAUUUUUUCUGCAACACUAACAACACCAGCCAAUUCAUUGCCAACAUUUUUUAUUAGACCUGCUUAUCAGUCUUUGAUCAAACAAUCCAAGACUCUAAAACCAAAGCUUCCAUUCAAGACUCAUUACUUCCCUCAGACUUUAGACCACUUCACUUUCCAACCAAAGAGCUCCAAAAUAUUCUACCAAAAGUACCUAAUCAACAGUCAUUACUGGCACAAUGGCGCUCCAAUCUUUGUCUACACUGGCAAUGAAGGAGACAUUGAUUGGUUUGCUGCUAACACGGGGUUCAUGCUUGACAUUGCUCCCAAGUUCAAAGCUCUCCUUGUUUUCAUUGAACAUAGAUUUUAUGGGGAAUCAAUGCCAUUUGGGGAAAAAACGAACCAGUCAGCAAAUACCUUGGGGUACUUGAAUUCACAGCAAGCCUUGGCUGAUUUUGCAGUUCUGAUAAGGAGCUUGAAGCAGAAUCUGUCAUCUGAAGCAUCUCCUGUCGUGGUCUUUGGUGGGUCUUAUGGAGGAAUGCUGGCAGCGUGGUUUAGACUUAAAUACCCUCAUAUAACAAUUGGUGCAUUAGCUUCUUCAGCCCCUAUACUACACUUUGAUAAGAUAAUCCCAUGGUCAAGCUUCUAUGAUGCUGUUUCCCAGGAUUUCAAGGAUGUGAGCUGGAAUUGCUAUGAAGUGAUAAAGGGGAGCUGGGCAGAACUGGAGGCAAUGUCAACUCGGAAAGAAGCCUUGGCAGAACUAAGCAAAGCUUUCAGAACCUGCAAGAGCCUUCAUUCGACAGCUUCUGCUCGAGAUUGGCUAUGGACUGCUUUUGUUUAUACAGCCAUGGUUAAUUAUCCAACUGAAGCAAAUUUCCUGAAGCCAUUACCUGCCUAUCCUGUGCAGCAAAUGUGCAAGAUAAUCGAUAAAUUUCCGUCAGGAGCAACAAAGCUUAGUCGCACUUUCGCAGCUGCGAGCUUAUAUUACAACUAUUCUCGUUCAGAAAAUUGCUUUGAGAUAGAACAUGAAGUUGAUCCUCAUGGCCUUCAUGGUUGGGAGUGGCAAACAUGCACAGAGAUGGUUAUGCCAAUGACUCGCUCUAAGGAGAGCAUGUUUCCUCCAUCUGAAUUUGAUUAUAAGGAGUUUGCAGAACAAUGCCAAACGAAAUAUGGAGUUCUGCCUCAGCCACACUGGAUCACAACUGAAUUCGGAGGCCAAAGAAUUGAGAAAGUAUUGAAGAGAUUUGGUAGCAAUAUCAUAUUUUCCAAUGGAAUGCAGGAUCCAUGGAGCAGAGGAGGUGUGCUGAAAAAUAUAUCUGCCAGUAUCAUUGCUCUUGUCACAGAAAAAGGAGCUCACCAUGUUGAUUUCCGGUCUGCAACAAAAGGCGAUCCUGACUGGCUUAUUCAUCAGAGGAGGCAAGAAGUUGAAAUUAUCCAAAAGUGGUUAAAUGAGUACUAUGCUGAUCUCAGACUUUCAUAAAUUAGUGACUUACAGAAGUUUUGAUGUAAAACGUUGGCAAUUUGGAUCAAUCAGUAUUUUGAAACUCUUCUUACCAUAAGUUUUUUGUCAUCUAAUUUUAGGUUCUCCCUAAGACUGAUAUAGAAAUUAACCAUUUAUAUCACCAAGCUAUGAUCACUCAUCUUAGAAAAACUUGUAAAACUAUUGCAUUCCAACUUUUUCCAAGCCAUCCAGGAUCCAGGGUUGACUUGAUUUACUAGUUACUGCUUACCCACAGGGGACCAUUGCUCCGGCUUAACAGCUCUGAGCUGAGCCAUGCCCUUCUUUAAUCAUGGGGCCUGAUGACACGACAAAUACGUGUUGGAUUUUCCCUUCCAAUUUAUGAUUAGUAGGAGGU